AUGCCGGAGGGUGAAGAGCCUGAUGAAAUGAUACGAUUGUCUGAUAUAUUCGCCCAGUGUCCCGGUAUCAUUGCGGAUUAUGACGAGAUACAGAAAAGGACGCCCGUAGAUACUGUUGCGUUGGAAGCAUUGCGAGACCGCACACAGGCUAUUAUUGACCGAACGCACGCUUGGUUUCAGAUUGUGCCGUGGAUUUGUACCACAGACACUGCCCUCAGGGAGACUGUACCACUCCCCAAAAACCCCAUGAAAAGCGUCGCCCUCGCGGUUUCCCACGCAAUGUUGCUCUGUCUGGCCCGGCCUUGCGAAUAUCUCAAAAUCGGCCUCACCCGCGAGGACAACACUAACGUGGCGGCUACAGUCAAAUUACUCGCAAGAGAGAUCUGCCGCAUCGCAGAUUGGGCACUAAAAGUCCACAGCUCAGCAGAUAUUGCUCUCGUACUGAUAUUCCCUCUUCAGAUAGCAUGGUUCUGUCUUCGGGAAAGUAAAGAGGAUCUGUGCAGCAUUAGAGGAAUAAUGAACUCGGUCGUUGCCGAUUCUCAUGGCUUUGAGAUAGGGAGAAUGCGUCAUUGGGAUCCUUCUGUUUUUGGACAAGGGCGAGUGGGAUUUCUGCAUUGA